GUGUGUUCUACUGAGUCUUCACUCCUCAGAUGGACAUGUCACAGUACUCUGCAGUGUGCACCUACAGUAUACACAGCAUCAGGGAAGUGUUCUCUGAAGGCAAGUUCAAAAUGCUGUACAACGACAAAUCUGUUUCAAAAUGGGUGACGUACAACGGAGACGUGCCUGACCCUCGUCCCGGAGCUUGUAUUAACAAUGAUGCAAGGCAGAAAAUGAUUUCCACGUCCUUGGACCUGCUUCAGUUUGUGAGAGAAAAGCCACUGAUGGAUGAAGCAGUGAAACCAUCUUCUCAGCAACCCCAACUUGUGAAGAAAGGAGCUGCGUUUACACGUAUAGUGGUGACCAGCACUACUCUGGAUGGGAGCAGCCAUCAGGUUAUGUUUAUAGGCAUAGCAAGCGGUUCAGUUCUGAAAGCAGUCAACUAUGACGGAAAGAUGGUGAUAAUAGAAGAGGUGCCGCUCUUUAAGCGUUCAGAGCCAGUGAAGAUACUGCACCUCUCCAACACCAUGGGUCAGCUAUAUGCAGGCUCAGACGAGGCAGCGGUGCAGAUAUCACUUGGCGCAUGUGGCCAUUACAUUUCCUGUAUAGACUGUGUGCUGGCCAGAGACCUCUACUGCGGCUGGAACCUCAACACUAGCAGCUGCAUUUCUGUAAACAGCAUUGACCCAGAUACACACAGUAAAGUGGUUCAGAGUCUGAAAGAUGGACAUGCUACACAUCGUCCUGCAUUCGAGAGCACCAAGACCAUUAAAACCUUCUACCCGGGUAACGUGGUCAGGCUGCCGUGCCAGCCGGGAUCAAACCUCGCCCAAGUGCACUGGCGUGUAAAUGAUCACCCAGUUGAAAACUCCAACAUGUACCACAUUCAUCACAACAGCCUGUUCAUCCUCACUGCCUCGGACAGCAACGCCGGCCACUACACCUGCACCCCUGUUGAGUCCUCCAAUGGCAAAGACUACGUCAUUCAAACUGUUACAUAUAAGCUGAGACUGGGGAACUACAUGGGGCAUCCUUCAGUCCUGCCACCGCUGCAGGAACAGCUGAACACUCUCUUGAUCCUCAGGGCUAUGGUCAUCAUCCUAUCACUGUUAUUAGUGGCACUUUUGAUAUGGAACUUCUACAAAGGGCAUUGUCCUGUUCUGAGAUGCUUCAAUAAAGCUCUGGAAAGACCACAGCCUAUGUCUGGCUUUCAGGAGCCACUGCAAAUAGUAGAGGGAAAUAAAGCAGCAUCAGUAGGAUGCAGCAGUAACAGUAAUAAUAAUCAUAACAGAAUAACUGAAUUCCCCAGUACUGGAAGCCAGCAUAAUGGAGACAUCGUUUAAUGAGGACCCUGUGCACAUCUUUCAGAACAUUGGAGCUUGGAGAACAUUUACGCCUCUCUUAUAACUCAUUUUGUGCAAUGUCAGCCUUGCCCCCUUUCUAACGUUAUGUGAUGAAUUUAUUUGUUUUUGGAUUAAAUGAAGCUGUGAAUGUAUGAUUUGUCAUUUCUUCUGUGUACAGAACCAUGAUUCUCAGUGUAUGUGACAAAUAAAAAAAAUCGGGGGGAGGGGGAGAAAAAUAAUUAUUGGGAUUUUAUUUAUUUAUUUAAAUCUAUUGUUAUUUAUUUUUUAAGUCUGUGGUUACCAAACUUUGUGCAGGUAGGGGCACUUCUAACUGUAAAAACAAUUUCCACACGCCCUCAGUGCAGAUUUUUUUUAAACAAACUAGUGAAAAAUUAGACGCAUCCCAUCCAUCAUUCAUUUGUCUUAAACCACUUUAUCCAGGUCAAGUUUGCUCGCACUGCUGUAGGGAACUGUUGGUGCUCAAACUUUACAAGAGGCAGAUAUGAAUUUCUGUUGGGACUGUGUUUGUCAGCACCAUGUCAGUUGUGCCUUCAUCAGUGGAUGCACGUCCGCAUCUCGGUCGGUCCACAACACUUCCAGUCUGUUUGAAUUUGUCAGUAAAUUUGGAAACAGUGUCAUGUGUGAUGUGUUCUCCGUGUUUCCUGUUAAUGUCCAUUGCAACCUUGCAACAGCUUCCUGAUCCAGCCAUGAGAAUGAUUUCAAUACGGUCUUCUUUUGUCAAAGGCAUUCUUAAAGAUUAUAUUAUGAAUAUUAUAUAAAUAAAUUGCUAUUAUAAUAUAAAUCAGAAAAAAUAAAUAUAAUAUAAUCUAAGUAUAUACAAUUUUGGAAGACUUAAAAUGUGUUAAUUUCCCCUGUGUGUGGAGACUUUUGGGACACCCUGUAGUGUUAUCUUAUUUAAAUAAAGACUUGUAAGUGUAAAAGGUUUAUGAUUUGAAUUGUUUGCCAUAUUGUCAAUUUGGAAAGUAUUACCAUUUUUAUCCAGCUCCCUCACUGUAAAGCGUGUCUGUCGAGUCUCCAGUGACGUGUCUAAAAUUCAAUUCAAUUCAAUUCAAUUCAAUUUUAUUUGUAUAGCGCUUUUUACAAUAGACAUUGUCUCAAAGCAGCUUUACAGAAAUAUCAACACGGUAUACAGAUAUUAAAGGUGCGAAUUUAUCCCAACUGAGCAAGCCACUGAGUGGCGAUCAAAUCUCACGCGGAUGCGCUUCUCUGUAAGAUCUGAAACCAAACGUUCGAGAGGGCUUGUGGCCAGGUCAUGCUUUCACAAGCAAUGGCACUUUUAGCAUUUUAUCGUUCGAAAAUAUGCGGGGCUUCAGGGCCGUUCUUGGAUCAUCACAAAAUUUGGGUGAACUCCACAUUAGCCAUAAAAACAGCCUUGUCAUUAUUAAUGUUCUAGUGCUGUUAAUAAUAAAUGAAUGUGUUUAUAUGUAGCAAAGAAAACUGUAUCAUUGAUGCAUCAUUGAUAUGGUGAAGUUUUCUGUAAGGAGAUGUCUAGAUAACAUUUUGUGGAUGGAGUCUCCAGUGCUUUGUAACGUAAUGAUGAGUAAAUCUUCAGGAUCGAGGACUUUGUGCUUUCCAGUUUCUCCAGGAAAAAAAAAGCGAGACCGGUGAGGGCAUGACUGUUUAUAGCUGCUAUAACAUAAUGUUGUCUCAUGGGCAUUCCACAACGUUAAAUAUAACUAUAAACAGUCUGUACAGGAGUUUUUUCGUGACUGUUGCGGCCAUAAAUGCUGGAGUGUGCUGCGACUUUUUAUCAAAAUUUGCGAUGAAACUUGUGGAGUUUUUUUGUGCUUUUUUUUGCAUGGAAAACUACUUCAACUGCACAAAAUUUCGCAGUGAUGUUUCUUGGAAAAUGAGACCUUUUAGCUGUAUUCCUGUUCGACCCAGGUGAAUCGAAGAGGGCUUUGGCUGAAUUCACGUUGUGAUGCUGUCACGUGACCUGUCUUGGCCAAAAUCUGCAGAAAAUUUUGCGGCGUUUGCUUGGUUUUGUGUUCAUUCCUGUGCUCGAAAAAUCGCAAAUUCCUGGAGAAACUGAUAAAGAUUAAAAAGAAUGAUGUUGCUUAUUCAUAAAUGUAUAACUGUAAUUAUUGUAAAUUGCUGUGGUGUAAGUGGAAUAAAGCAUUUCAGGAUGUGCUGAUGGAGGAAAAUAAUCAAUGUAGGGGUUGCAGCAGGUCACUUCUGAUUAUUUUCCUAUAACCGCAUGCCUCAUGCCUCGUGCUGUAUUCUUUACAUAUUAGAUACCAAGUACACAGUUGGUAUGUGAACAUCAAAGACCUGGAAAUGUUAUGUGAAGUGGUUUGUGUACAAGUUCACAAAGCUUGAUGUAAGCUAUUUGGUCUUUCGCAUUCUAGCAGUGUUUGUGUCCUGUGAAGCACCAAUUAUAGAUCUGUGCUCGUGUUCACACUGCUCCAGUUCUUCAGUAAUGACGAGACAUGAAGUGUUGAUGUGUGAAGAUGCUGUUUAUGCCUCAGCAACCAUCAUGCUGUAACCCCCCCCCAUACGCACACGCACGUACAACACCCACAUCCGGCUCACGAUUUAUAAAAAGGAGCCAAAUGUCACAACCGAUCAGUAUCUGAUUCUAGGAAGUGCUUGCAGCUAGACACACACGCACAUACUUUCUUCAGCUUUGGAAUGGGUUAAUGCUCUUUUGUCUUUUGUAGGAUGUGUUGUUUUUCUAAAAUAAUCAUCUUAUUCUGAAUUCACAGACGUCACAUCAAAUCUGUAAUGAUGUUUAAAAAGCUCACAGUUAGCCAUGUGGUUUCUGCCCUGCAGCCCUCCUUUAACCCAAUGAGGAAAAACUCAGCAAAAAUUUUACCACUUGUCACCCUGUGUAUAGAGCAGCAUGAUUUCCUGUGUGCGUGUGUGCAUGUGUGUGCAUGCACGUGUGAGAAAGAAGUGGGCUAUGAACAGCAACAUUAUUAGUUUGUGGAUUUGAAGAAGCUUAAUAAAGGCUCCAUUCACCAGUGGGUGAGUGAAGAGCCAGCUGCUCACCACCUGCACUACUGUUCGCGUGUGCGUGUUUCUGAUAAAAUAUGUUUGUGUAUAGGAUUAGAAAAUGUCAAAUCCAAACUGAUAGUUUUUCAUACUAGUUUUGGCAUUUAAUCAAAUUCAAAAAUUUUUGUUUAUGUUAACCAAAAUUCAGAACUUUUUGCAUCUCUGUCACCAUCUUUGUUUGAAACGUAAAAUUGCAAGUUACUUGCUGAGUUAUAUUUUUUCUGUGUGGUCGUGCUUCCAUGCUGCUCCUCUGUGCGGAUGAAUCUGAUGCUGUGAAGUUUGGGUUGUAAUUUAGCUCCAAUACUUGGCAGCGGAGGUGGUGGAGGAUACGUGUUUUUUUGUUUGUUUGUUUUUUGUUAGUUUUUUUUUUUUUUUUUUAGAGUAGAGGCGACUUGGUUUUGACAACAGCUGAUUCCCCAGAUGCCAACGAUGAUUGCGUUUAGAGCUAUCCAGAUUAAAGCAGCCGUCUAGAUGACAAGUUUAAAUUCUGAGCAAAAACACUCCACCAUCCUCAGCACCCACACACGUGAUAUAGUAGCCGGCUCUUCUUCAUUCUGUGUACACAUGCAAAGGCGAAUGAUGUCAAACUGAAAUUUCCUGUGAAACUCCCAACAGCUCAAAUUAUGAAUCAAUAUUAUCAUCAUUAUUAUAAGCUUACCGUUGCGAAUCGGGGUAAGGAGACCGUUUUGAACACUGAUUUUUUAAAAUUAUUAUUAAUACUUGCUCAAAAAUUUAUUUUUGUUCAUUUAUUUAUUUUUUACCAAAAAAAAGUUCCAUACGGCAGCUUUAAAUCAUUCAAUCAUAAGUAUGGUUGGACGAUGUAUCGGUAUAAUAUAUAUCGAUAUCGUGAUAAAUGUGGAUAAAUGCAGUGUAAUUUUCUGAGAUAUUGUUGGUAUGGUGAUGUGUUUUUUUUAAUGUUUUAAUAAUUACAAAUUAUGCUGUUCAUUUUUACAUAAUUAUAAAAAAAAAAGCACCUUAAUCUUCUUUUGUCUUUUUAGCCAUUGAAGAAAAGUAUUGUCAAAGUCAA